GACAGCAGAUACAUUGCGGUAAUCGUGCAUGCAAACGUCUUUUCAUUAGACGUGUUACUUGAAGUUAUCACUCAUUUCUAAAAGAUGGUUGGGUACAUUUUUGUGACUUUUCUUGUAAUCGGUGCAUGCAAUGCAACAAACAAAGAAUUCGAAAUUCCACAAAGUGCAUUCAUGAAAAUAAAUGAAAAUGGUGAUGCUUUGGCACCAAAAAAUAUCAUUGCAAGUCAUCUCGUUGACAGUGCGAUUGAAUGUUCAUUUGAAUGUCAUCGAGAGAAGAGAUGUGUUGGUUUUAACUAUCUAGACGAAGCUAAAAAAUCUGAGAUAAACUGCCAUAUUUCCAACACAACAACCAGAAGCAGAGUGAAGACAUUGUUCGUCAAAGAAAAAUGGACUUUUUAUCAAGCUCUUUUCAAGACGGGAGAAAAAGAGGACGGUCAAUUUACAAGAAAAAAUAUUACAUCAAAUUGGAAGCAAUGCGCAUGGCUGGAAGGAAAUGGUCUUAACAAUGGACUUAUAAAGUCUUGUAGUUUUGAAAAAAAAUGUAGCAAUACCUAUCUUAAUGUGUUCUACGCUGGUAAUCUCCGUAUUCAAAACUGUGACUACUGUUGCAAGAGAUGGUACUUUAAGUUCAAUGGAAAAGAGUGUAAUUCCACAAUUGAAGGAGUUUUUUACAUAUGGAAAGGUAAAGGUACACGAAAUGUUCAUCGUCAUCGUCAUAUCGAGGGAUAUUGUGGUAACAUCGACAGUGGUACUGUUAAUGUUGGUUUCUAUGUUGGUAAUUGUCAAGGAUAUUCUGAUGCAGAUGCCGCAAGUGGAUGGAAUUCAAUCUCUCGCAUUGUAAUCCAAGAAGUUCCACCACCUCAGACUUAAGUCAAUUUAAACUUAAGCCUAGAAAAAGUUAUUUCCCUUUGAAUGAUUUUCUGUUUUUUUAUAGUAAAGCUUCUAUUAGAAAAGCUGUUUCAUCGUGAUUGACUUUGUCAAAGCUAAAAACAUAUAUGCACGUUUGCUUAGAUAAUAGCUUAAUUAGAAUAACACCAUAAAGGUUUUUUUAUAGUGUUUCAAUGAUUGCUGAAAUACCAGUAAAAAGGUAAUUUCGAAAAAGUUGAUCUUUCGAACUACGUACGUCGUUGUUGUUAGCUCAUCGUUUUCGUGAAAUACAGCAACAGAUAUACUUUUUAACCCUAUUUAGCGUGAGCAACAUUUUCCCUUUUGGGUUGUACUUGAUUUCUAUUGCGGUCGUUAUUGCGCACAACGCACAAUAAUUAAAUGUUAAUCUUAAUAGUUAUAACUAAACAUUGAAAAAUACGUCGUUUCAUCAUUAUAUGUGUAAGUAAAACAGGUUUUUAAAAAGAUAACUUUUAGAACGAAUUUUUUUGGCUUGUGGUUGCAAAAUUUUAAUAAACUUAAUUUAAAAAAAAAAUUGGAGUCAUAGCUACUGUUGUUUUAAAAAUAAUUUGAGCUUAAGAAUAAUUUUAAAGGUUUUUGUUAUGAAUACUAAAUGUACUUAAAUUUUCAAGGCUUGUGUUAUCAUUACUGAAUGUACUUAUUUUAAUUCUUAUUCCUAAAACAGGUAGCAUAUUCUUACGCA